AUGAACGAUAAAUCGCCAAAGCGGACGAUCUGGGAGGCUGAAGAUGGAAGCGAAGAGAGGGAGGAGAGGGAUCGGUCCAAACGGUUUGAGGCAACCACGAGCCUCAGGCCGCCGCGGCUCUUCUCUUCUCCGCACAACAGCCCCUCCCCCAGUCCUCUAUCGUCUCCUUUCAUCUUAUCCCCUUUCAUUCCCAGUACUGGCACUGCCAACAGUCCUUCGGACCGGUAUGUUGACGAGCCGUCGAAUGAACCGCCUUUAUCGACCGUGGGCCGUUACGAACGGGCACAAGGGGAUGGUGCUGCAGGCGGCAUCACCGCAGAGCCCGAAGACGCUUGCUUCGGAAUGUUAUGCGAAGUGAAAGCUCGAUUGAAGGACGAUGCGAGAAUCGCGGAGAGCACGUCCCGAGUUGCCCGCGAUGGUUCAGGCGAGGAGAUGGUACGACUCACAAUGGUACAACGGGACAAUCACUUGGCUCUUCAGUUCUCAUCGGGGGUUGAUAUUGCCGUCUUAAAUACCAGAGUUACGCAAACAAUCCACGGUCUGGAUAAGCUCUGCAGAAUUGAAUACGAUCUACUUGUGGAGGGCAAGGAGUUAGCCGGAGCAAUAUCAACAUGGAUGAGUAGCGGGAAGGCCGUUGACUUCAACGUGGAGAUAGUGAUAUCUGGGCCCUCGGUCCACAGGGAUGAAAUAGGAUCGAUCUUGUCACAUUACGGCUUCUACCUUCAGGUUCCCCGGUACAACAUUCAAGGCAGAGUGUACGACAACCCUCAUGUUUGGGAUCUAGGACAAUCGACGGAGGUCCUGCAAAUUCAGUCUUGCUCGAAUGGCGGACAGAGUCUCAAUAUCGUUGCAGAAGCGUCGUCUUUCCUCGACACUCUUGACCAGUCCACACUGCUAGGCGCCGCUCAAAUUGACAAAAGGGUGACCCAGAGACUACUAAGUCAUCAACGAACCGGGGUCGAUUUUAUCGCUCAACGAGAGGGUUGGCAACCCUCGACAUCCUUCGCGCUAUGGCAUACUGUCACCAAGGGAAAGACAAAGUAUUAUGAACAUAAGAUCACCGGCGCUAGGAAUAUCUCUCAACCCCAGGACAAGGCCGGGGGAAUUCUGGCGGACCAGAUGGGACUAGGAAAGACGUUGACUAUUCUUUCUGCGAUUGUCGGAAGCUUGGGCCUUGCAAGGCUAUGGGCGACCUCGGAGCCGUCUACUUCCUUGUCGAAAGUUGGAGCUACGCUCGUUAUCGUACCAUCAGAAACAAUCAUCAGCCAAUGGAAACGUGAGAUCGCAAGCCACCUUGCUGCGCAUUCUAUCCGGAUCAUGAAGUACCAUGGAUCAAACCGUGCACACGGUAGUAGUAAUUUCGCGGCAUGUGAGAUCGUACUAUCAACCUACGCCACUGUCUCUGCUGAAUUUCGGGCCGGUGCGAGCCGUCUUCAUGCUGUCCAGUGGUUUCGCGUAGUACUUGACGAAGCUCAUAAUAUCCGGGAUUCGAGUACAGCGCAGUUUAGAGCAGUCGCCAGUUUACCCGCCCAGCUUAGAUGGUGUCUCACCGGCACCCCCAUCCAGAACUCUUUGCAAGACCUCGGCAGCUUGGUUCGAUUCUUGAGAAUCUCGCAGCUCGAUAGCAAUCCCUACUUCCGGCAGCACAUUACGACGCCGGUCGAAAAAGGACAAGCAGUUGGUCUUACCAACCUCAAGAUCCUGUUACGCUCGAUUUGUCUAAGACGCACCAAGGAACUGCUGAAACUUCCAGAGCCCGAGAGAACUAUACAUGAAGUUAAACUGUCCUUGGUUGAAACAUCCGAAUACUCUCGCAUUAUUGAGCAAGUCAAUCUGACGGUUGAAACCGCUGUAUCGGAAGGCAGACCAGCUGAUGCACGUCGCGCGGUUUUCAAGAUGAUUCUCAAACUAAGGCUCCUAUGCACUCUUGGAACGUUUUAUCGCGCAUGGGAAGCAUACGGAGAGGAUGCUACCUCACAGGAAGAGAGAUUUGCGUUGUUACAGCAAUCGGAUGAGGCGAAAUGCGCAGUGUGCUCUUGUGAUAUCUUGUCCAUCGACGAUCCCACCCAUCAGGACUAUGGUGUUUUUACCCAGUGCCAUCAUCUACUGUGCCUCGAUUGCUUCGGCCAAUGUAACGAGAACCAAACAGCGCCUAUCAACAAGAUUUUCACAAAGCGGCCCAAGAAACAACAAUGUCCGAUAUGCGGCAAAAGCGGCAAGCGGGAGAAAACAAACAAUCAGGACCGAUUUAAACCAACCGCCUCGAACAUCGCCAACCUUGGCCAGUCAGAAAAGCUUUCGUGCUUGAUGAGUGACAUAUCAGUGCAGUGUCGGACCGAUAAGAUGUGA